AUGGCGACCUUGAACGAGACCCCCGCUGGGGACCUUGCGACCCAAAUCCUCCAUGCGCUGGACAAGAACUCGCCCCUCCUCUCGUCUGCCGCCUUCCCCACGAUCCCCUCCACCGAGGUCAAGGGUGCACUGGAUAGACUUGCCUCCCGUGACAUGGUCAAGUACGAAACGAUAGACCGAGAAGAAGCCAUUUUAGAGCCUGAGGGCGAGCAGAUUGCCGCCAAUGGUAGCCACGAGGCCCGGGUUUUUGAGGCUCUGCGCACCGCAGUGGAGGGGUUGACAAUCCAAGAGCUUGAAACGGCAAUUGGCGACAAGAAUGUGGUCAAGAUUGGCCAGGGCCGAGCCUUCAGGGAGAAGUGGAUUUCCAAGACCCCAGAUGGCAAGUUCAAGGCCGCCAAAGAGUCCAUCAAGGACACCACCAAGGAACAGAUGCAGACCAUUCAGUCGACAAAGUCGUACCCCGAUGCCAAGAUGCUCGCUGAUUUGAAGAAGCGUAAGCUUGUCCGAACACAGAAGAUUAUCAGCUUCAACUUUCAAAAGGGGGAAAAGUUUGCUCUCAAGAUCCCCGAGGUGGCUACCGACUUGACGGCCGACAUGAUUGCCAGCGGUUCAUGGAAGUCGGCUACUUUCAAGGGAUACAACUUCAAGGCCUUGGGUGCCGAUCAGCACCCCGGAGCUCUGCAUCCCCUGAACAAGGUCCGAUCCGAGCUGAGGCAAAUCUUCUUCGAGAUGGGCUUCCAGGAGAUGCCUACAGACAAGUUCGUCGAGUCGGGAUUCUGGAAUUUCGAUGCGCUCUUUGUGCCGCAACAGCAUCCUGCUCGUGAUAUGCAAGAUACCUUUUACGUAUCGGAUCCCAAGGAGGCAGACAUGCCUAGAGGGGAAGAUUCUAGUGAUACGGCUGACUACAAGACGUACUGGGAUAACGUCAAGGAUGUCCACCAGGAUGGCAAGUACGGCUCCAUUGGUUAUCGAUACCCCUGGUCCGGAGAAGAAUCCAAGAAGCUCGUGCUUCGAACACACACCACAGCUAUCAGCGCCAACAUGCUGUACAAACUAGCGCAGCAGAAGGGCCCUGACGGCCGCCCGCCACCGGCUCGUUACUUCUCCAUCGAUCGUGUGUUCCGUAACGAAACAGUCGAUGCCACCCACUUGGCAGAAUUUCAUCAGGUCGAGGGUGUCAUUGCUGACUACGACUUGACGCUCGGUGGUCUCAUGGAGUUUAUGGACAUCUUCUUCGGCAAGAUGGGCAUUACCGACCUCAAGUACAAGUGUGCUUACAACCCUUACACCGAGCCCAGCAUGGAAAUCUUCUCUUAUCACAAGGGCCUCGGAAAGCUAGUCGAAAUCGGCAACAGCGGCAUGUUCCGUGCUGAAAUGUUGGAAUCCAUGGGUCUGCCCAAGGACAUGCGAGUGUUCGGCUGGGGUCUCUCCCUUGAGCGCCCCACCAUGAUCAAGUACGGCAUCUCAAAUAUUCGCGAGCUGCUAGGUCACAAGGUCGAUCUCAACUUCAUGCGGAACAGUCCCGCGGUGCGUUUGGACAAGGAAUAG